CUUUCUUAUCUUAACUUAUUUCACUGGAUGUGAGGCUGGUACUGGGCAGUUGUAGUGUUUUAUUCAGACCCAGCAUCUCAGGAGGUUGACACAGAACCUAGCUUUGGCCUAGUUUUUCAGCUCAGAGCAGCCAUACGGAUCAUUUCUGGCUGUUUGGACACACAGACCUUCAUGGUUGGGCUUCAGGCUCGUUUGCAGCUGUUUGUCUGCCCCACUGUGUCAUGUGCUAUAAGCAGCCCCUUCAUGUCAUAUCUUUGUGUCCUGCCUGCCUCCCAUUGGCUCCGUCCCACUCUGGUCCAAAGUCCAUGUGUGAGGACCAGGUGAUGCUCUGCAUAUAAAAGCACCCAGCACGCACAUCCAGGAGCUCUUCACUAAUCACACACAUAGACGCACACAGCUCCAGUUUGUCUACUUUUACAUCUGAGAAUAACACAGCAUGAAAUCUGGCUCAACAAGUUGCUGCUGGCUCUAACACUACUUGAAGACAGACGUCUACAUCCAAGCUGCAUUUCCAGGUAGCAAGUGGAGACACAAUUGUAAGUAUUAUUCUGUUUUAUUAUAUGUGAAUGUUUUGUUAUAUUAGCAUCUAUUUUGUGUAAUAGACUCUGUGUUCAAUCACAGACAUCUUGUUUAAUUGAUUUAACUUUAUCUGUUUAUUUGUCUAUCUUAACAUUAGGAGUCAUUUUAGUUAGUAUAAAAGGUUCACCCAUAUCUUCUGCAGGAAUAAUGGACCUGCUCCACAGCACUGGAGUCAGCAGCACAUCAUAUCUGCAGGCUCACUACAGCCACAAGCAUCUUUACUUCCUGUCAGUCUCUACGGCAACGGACCUUCGCAACACCUUCUUUCUGUUGUUUCCCAUAUGGUUCCAUGUAGAGCAAGCUGGGGCAGUCAGACUGGUGUGGGUGGCAGUUGUGGGAGACUGGGUCAACCUAAUACUAAAGUGGCUUCUGUUUGGAGAGCGUCCGUAUUGGUGGGUUCAGGAAACAAGUUUCUAUGGCAACUCCUCCCAGCCAAUGAUGCAGCAGUUCCCUCUGACCUGUGAGACUGGACCAGGAAGUCCCUCGGGCCACGCUAUGGGGGCUGCCACAGUAUAUUACACCGUGAUGUCAUCACUCCUCGCCACCGCGCUGAAGGAGGAAGGACAGCGGCUCAGGAGAUGGUGUGUGCGUGUCUCACUGUGGACGCUGUUCUGGUGUGUGCAGGUGUGUGUGUGCCUCUCGCGGGUCUACAUCGGCGCUCACUUCCCACAUCAGGUCAUCACCGGCGUAGUUAUCGGUAUCCUACUGGCUGAAUACUUCAGCCGAAUCCCGCAGAUCUUCAGGGCCCAUUUGUGUUCUUACGUUCUCACCUCCCUUCUUCUCAUCUGCCUGGCUCUCCUCUUAUACCUGUGCCUCCAGCUGGUGGGUGUCGACCUUCUCUGGAGUGUGGACAAAGCGUGGCGCUGGUGUCACAGGUCAGAGUGGGUCAGCGUGGAUACCGGCCCCUUUGCUAGCUUGUUCAGGAACACUGGGACUCUGCUGGGCCUGGGCCUUGGCCUCCACUCACCGCUACACGCUCACGCCUACAGAACCGUGGUCAGCAGCGGAUACGGGUCCAGGGGACCCAUCUACAGGUUCACCUGUCUAGGUGCAACACUAGUGUUGCUGCAGUUGCUUGACUUGGCUUUUCAACCCCCUGUUCAUAGUGGAGUUCUGUUCUAUCUGCUGUCAUUCUGUAAAAGUGCUACUGUGCCUCUGGCUACUGUGGCCAUUGUUCCUUACUGUGUAACUACAGCACUGGGAAACAAGGUGGAGAAGCUGCUAUGAGGCAGGUGGCCUAUAACUGAUGUGCUGUUUGCUCAGUAAAACACUGAUGUAACUGUGCUGUUUUUAUGUUAUGUUAAUGCUACAGUUUACAGCUGCAGGAUAGAAUUUUUAUAUGCAAAUAUACAGUCUGCAAAACUAUCACUUUUUUCUUCAGUUAAUGCAGUAAAUCGUUUAAAAUCAAAAUCAGUCUAUGAAGUGUCUUAUUUUCGCCCUGUUUGUUAUUUAUAUUAAUAAUUCAAUGAAAUCAUUUAAAUGUGUAAUGUUUUUUAUCCUACCAACGCGUAAACACUGUGUAAACCGCUAUCUAAAGGACCCACUGCGUU